AUAAUACAGUGAAUAUUAGACAAAUGGAAAUAUAAUUACGAGUUCUCGUUAAAUAUGAAAUCGUUACGUCUGAGUAACGCUGCUAACGAGUAGUAAUAAUUGCUUUUCUUAUUGCAACUAAAUUAAUAUUUUAAAAAUGUCCUUCGUGUUAUACCUUACGAUAAUUCAUUAUGAAUAAUCGUAACUGUAAAGAAUUUCAAUGCCUUAGUUGUAGAUUCAGUCCUGCAAUGAAAUUCAAGUUUGAAUAACAGUUUAAGCGAAUUAAAUAAAACGUGAUUAUUUAAAUCGUGUAAAAAAUUUAAUCGGACAUAAUAAAUUACUUUUAAUGACUUUCUUUAAUUAAUAAAGUGAAAAAAAAAAAAAAAAAGAAAAUAAGACACUAAAAAAAUAAUAACAAGCUCGAAAUGAAUUUUUUAACCGAUCACGAUAAUUUAAUUAAAUUUUUACAAUGUUUAAACGUAACCACCGUGACGUGGCCACUGGGAUCUGAUGCUAAUAUAUUAAGAAAAAUUUUCUAUACAGUUUUAUGGUGCAGUUACGCUCUUAAUGGUAUAACAUCGAUAUUAGCAUUAUCGAUGGGUAUUUAUUAUUAUCGCCAAGAUAUCGUAAAUAUGAUGAAAUCAAUAGUAGAAUUCGUAUAUAUAUGUGAAUCACUUUUCAAUUUAUGUUAUUGCACAUUGGAAAAGUCAAAUUUAAAGAUACUUAUAGAUGAUAUGAAGCAAUUUUCUUUCAAAGCAACCUCACAAGAAUUAGCUCUAAGACGAAAUAAUCUAAAAAGUAUAAGCACUUUAUUAGCAUUUAUGUCGACUCUCUUUAUUAGCGGUGGUUCAAUUUUUGUCUUUGCUCCAUCAAUAUUACAUAACAGAGAUAUACCACUUAAUACAAUAUAUCCAUUUCCAAUGGAAAAAAGUUGGGCAAUGUAUCUUGUAUACAUAUUAAAUAUAUAUACUGUUAUGCAAGCAUUUUGUGCUAUUACCGUCGACGUAAUGGUAAUUGCAAUAAUAAACUAUACAUCUUUUAAAUUUAUUAUACUUGGGAAAAAAUUGCAAAAUAUUAUCAGCAAUGAUGAUCUUAAAAACUUUGUGAUGAAACAUCAAGAUGCCAUAAGGUAUUAAUUGGAACAAUAAAUAGUCAUUUUUUUUUAAUUGCCAUAAAUUGAAAUUAUUUAAGUUAAUAUAAUAUGUAUUUCUGUUAAUAGAUAUGCCACAA